AUGUUUGAACCUCACGACAAGGAAAAAGCGCUACACUCUACACCAGAAGAGAUUCCAGAAGUCGAGGUUGGAGAAGUCAAAGAUGUCAAGAAUGCAGAUGCCGCUCUUGACUUUCUGCGGCAUGAGGGCGAGGGAGUAGAGAUGACGGAACAGGAUGAGAAGAGAUUGGUCCGGAAGAUUGAUUGGAUGAUUAUGCCGUUGAUGUGGUGUUGCUAUGUUUGCCAAUACCUGGACAAGACGUUGAUCAACUAUGCUGCUGUCAUGGGAUUAUAUGAGGAUGCGAAUAUCACGAAGGCGGACUUUUCGAACUUGGUAANNGCUUGGAUCUUUUAUGUCUCGUAUCUCGCGUUUGAGUUUCCGCAUGGCUAUGGCAUGCAGCGCUUCCCCACUGCCAAAUACCUGGGCGUCAUGGUCUUGCUUUGGGGUACUAUCGUCACUGUCACUGCUGCUUGCCACUCCUACGCCGGUCUCAUCACCACCAGAGUUCUACUCGGCUGCUUCGAGUCCGCAGUCGCACCUUCCUUGAUGCUCAUCACGACAAUGUGGUACAAGAAGAACGAACAACCCCCUCGCGUCGGAAUCUGGUAUCUGGGCACUGGUACUGGCACAAUUAUUGGAUCUCUGCUCUCGUAUGCUUUCCAGCAUGUUCAAUCUGCCUCGCUUUACUCUUGGCAAAUUCUUUUCCUGGUCGUUGGUCUGGUUACCGUCUGUAUUGGCAUCACUGUGGUUUUGAUUCUUCCCGAUAACCCAAUGACCUCGCGUCUCUCGCACCAAGAAAAGAUCUGGGCCAUUGAGCGUCUGCGCGGCAACCAGACUGGUAUCGAGAACAAGCACUUCAAGUCCAACCAAGUGCUUGAAUGCUUCUGCGAUCCUCAGACUUGGCUGCUUUCGCUCAUCACCAUCUCAAGCUCUGUUCCUAAUGGAGCAGUCUCAUCUUUCCAGGCUACACUUAUCAAAGGCUUUGGCUACAACAGCAAGGAAACCGCUCUUCUUCAGAUCCCCGCUGGAGUGUGUAGUGUGGUGUCCAUCUUGAUUGCCACCUACUUAGCUGGAAGGUUCGACCAGAGAGGCUUGAACAUUGUCACCUUGCUCAUCCCGGGCAUCCUCGGAGGCGCUCUGAUGGCUUUCCUGCCAGAGGACAACAAAGCAGGAAAACUGAUAGGAAACUACCUUACCAACUGCAUCGGAGCAAGUCUGCCACUGCUCUAUUCAUGGGUCGGAGCCAACUACGCCGGUCACACCAAAAGGUAUGUUCUCCCCUGCUCCUUCCUCUGCCUCUUCCGCGCCUUCCUGUUUACUGACACUCGCGCAAAGGUCACCAUGAACGCCAUCCUCCUCAUCUCCUUCUGUCUCGGCAACAUCAUCGGACCCCUAACCUUCCGCGCCGCCGACGCGCCCGAAUACAUUCCUGCAAAGAUUACAAUCAUUGUAACUUGUGCUGCUGCUGUGGUAUUAACUCUGUUACUCAGAUUCUACUAUCAGUGGGAGAACAAGAGGAGAGAUGGGGCUGCUGAGCAAAGGGGUCAAGGACACAAGGCAGAUAUCGAGUUUGCAGAUGUUACGGAUAGAAAGAAUGCCGAGUUUAGGUAUAGGUUGUGA